AUGGGUGCCCUUGCCUCCAAACAGCCUUACUCCUAUCAAGGCUGCGGUGCGGUCACCGACGCGGCCAACAUUUUAGACCUUCAGUAUGACAAUCCGACGAGCAACGGCCCUACAGAAUGCCAGAAUACAUGCAUCGCUAACUCGCGUGCUGCGUCACUACUACUCGAUGGGAAGUGCUACUGCUCCAAGGACGGUAUAACCAGCAUCGAGUUUGCCGCCGAUCCUCCCCCAGACGAACAACUUUGCACCAUCUCAUGUAGCGAAGUACUACCGCCGAUUAUUUCUGGGCUUCCCCCUAUCAGUCUCCCGUGUGGUGGCUAUGACAAUGGGGUUCCACCCUUCAACUUCCCCCACAUCGACCUCUUCAACUUUCUCCUCCACUUCAUCAUCAUCCCCGGACUCUCCUUCCUCGACAUCAUCUGUAACCUCCUCUUCCACGUCUUCAUUCUCAGAUACAACUUCAUCGGCGUUACCUUCAACCUUCUCUUCUACAACAGCGUUACCCUUAGAUUCUUCUUCGUUGACGUCAACUUCCACCCUAUCUUCUACCUCAUUGUUGUUCUCGAAUUCUCCUUCUUCGACAUUGUCUUCAAACUUCUCUACACCAUCAUCCUCUACAAUUUCUAUGCCGACAAUAGUCCGACGAAAACGUCCGCUUCUAGCCUGGCUUCGACCAGCACGCCCUCGACGACAAGUGAACCAACUCCUACCAGCCCAGCCUCGACUACGAGUACUACAGCCAGUUCUUCCUCUAGGACAACAAUUAGUGGUACGACGAGCAGUAGCGCAACAGCCACCACUUUGUCGGAUACAUCGAGGGACGGGCUCUCUUCGUCUACCACAGUUAUCACCGCAAGUGAUCCGCCUUUCUCCAACUCUACGAUCUCCACCACUCGAACCUUCACUCUUCCUUCGACUGGCAGUGCAGACAGCUUGUUACCGCCUACUGCCACUAGUCUGGUCAGCACCGGCACAACAGUCUCACCCUCUUUGGUCGGACUUCCCUUCCAUUUGGAGGUUAUCCCGCCGACCGGCCUGUCUCGCAAAUAG